UCGUGUCACGUUAAUACGGAUCCCAAGUGGAACUGGUGGAACUCAUCUGGGUCCUGAGCUUCUACCUGUUUACAGAAAAUAAACUAUAAAACAAGAUGUUCAGCAGUCUUAGGUGGCACUACAGUGAAACCUACUCGUGGGAGCAGAUCUACUGUAACUUUUACAAGGUAAGCUUUACAUUUAAGGUGCUCCACAGGACACAUGAAAUCACAAUCUUGUAGCUUGUGUUUUAUUUGUUUUUGUUUGCACAACUAUCGGAUUUGAAAUAAUCAGGUCUAUUGUUUAUGCUUCCAUUCCAUAUUUUAUGACAUUUAACAACUACUCCAAACUUUGUGUUUUAUAUCUUAUUGGUUGUUGCUGUGAAUUCAAGUAAUGAUGUUGUACACAAAUGUAACAAGGAUAAAACAUUUCUUUCUCGUUGGAUUUCCUGGACUCUCAUCAGAGUAUUAUGGACCUGUGUCAUUCCUGCUUUUUGUACUCUUCAUGGCUAUCGCUGUAGGAAAUAUUUUCAUUUUAGUGUUUGUUAAAUGUGAAAGGUCUCUUCACAAACCGACUUAUCUGAUCUUUUGUCACUUGGCAUUAACUGACCUGUUGUUUGGGACUGUUACUCUGCCAAGGGUGAUAUCAAAGUAUUGGUUUAAUGACAACAUUAUUUCAUUUUAUGGAUGUUUUGCACAGAUGUAUUUCGUUCACUGCAUAGGGGCUGUUCAUUCUUUCAUCCUGAUGGUGAUGGCCUUUGAUCGUUUUAUUGCAAUUUGUGCUCCAUUGCAUUACACAGCUUUUUUCACAAACGCUACUGUUUCUGUGCUUUGUGGGAUAUCAUGGUUUAUGCCAGUGUCAUGGAUGGUUGGUAUAGUUUUACAUGCUCUGACUUUGCCUUUCUGUGAUAAAAACAUAAUUGUACAGUGCUAUUGUGAUCAUAUAGCAAUAACGUCUCUUGGAUGUGAGAACGUACGGGAAGUUCAGGUAAUUGCAUUUGGUCUUGCUAUGUUCAGUUUGCUUGUUCCUGUGGGUUUUAUUGUCAUCUCUUAUUUUGCCAUCAUUGUCACUGUUAUACGAAUGUCCAGCCCCGAGAGCCGCAUCAAGACUCUGUCUACCUGCACACCACAGCUUCUUGUCACGUUUCUGUAUUACAUGCCAAGAUGCUUUGUGUACCUGGCAAAUAAUGUGGGAUUCACUUUCAGUGUUCCAGUUCGCAUUGUUGUUGUAAUGAUGUAUAGUCUUUUACCUGCUGCCAUCAAUCCAAUAAUAUACUGCUUCAAAACCAAGGAUAUUAAAGAAAACUUGAAAAAGAAAAUCUUUAAAAGAAAGAUUAACAUCUUUUCGCUAUUUCUGUACAUUAUGAAAUACACCAAUAUUACAACUAUAAAAUACUUUAAUAUCACUGGAUUCCCUGGACUCCCACCUGAGUAUUAUGGACCAGUGUCUGUUCUUCUUCUCCUUAUUUUCCUAGCUAUUGUGGUUGGAAAUGCUUUCAUUUUAGUCGUUAUCAUGUACGAGCGGACUCUUCACAAACCAACAUACUGGAUCUUUUUUCACCUUGCAGUGACAGACAUCUCGUUUGGCAUUGUGACUCUUCCAAAAGUUAUCGCUAUAUACUGGUGGAAUGAUGUGAUAUCUUCAUUUGGAGCCUGCUUUACUCAGAUGUAUUUUGUCCAUUCGUUGGGAGCUAUUCAUUCAUUAAUUUUGCUGAUUAUGGCUCUGGAUCGCUUUGUUGCCAUAUGGUUUCCUUUUCAAUAUCCUGUUGUGAUUACAAACAAAACAGCUACAAUAGCUUGUAGCCUGUGCUGGGUUCUAACAUUCAUACGUAUGUUGGGGAUUGUGCUACAUGCUGUAACUUUGCCUUACUGCGACCAAAACAUCAUUAAACAGUGCUACUGUGAUCAUAUAUCAAUAACUCAGCUGGGAUGUGGUGAAAAUGUUGUAUAUGUUAAAAGUGUAGCGCUGGGAAAUGCCUUGGUCACUCUGUUGGUUCCUCUAACAUUCAUAAUUUCGUCUUACUUUUCUAUUAUUAUAGCUGCUCUGAAAAUGUCUCACGCUGUGGGGUGCCACAAAGUGCUGUCCACCUGUGCUCCCCAGAUCUUAAUUACCUGCCUUUAUUAUGUGCCAAGAUGUUUUGUUUAUCUUGCUCACCAUUUAGGAUUCAGUUUGGACAACGAUGCCCGCGUUGUUAUCACCAUGACGUACAGCCUCAUACCUGCCGUUGUUAAUCCAAUAAUAUACUGUUUCAAGACCAAGGAAAUUAAAGAGGCUUUAAUAAAGAGGCUUAAAAAUAGAAAAGUAAGCGCUUCCAUUAAAAGUGGUCAUAAACAAAAUAUGAAGUGA